AUGUAUGUGGCAACUACUAAAGAGGGCAUUCCAGAGGAUCGUCCUUGGAAAUUGAACUUUGACGAAGUAUCAAACGCUGUUGGCAACAGAAUUAAGGCAAUCCUGGUAUACCCAAAUGGAGAUAAUUAUCCAUUCACUUGCAAAUUAGAUUUUGACUGCACAAACAAUAUGGCGGAAUACGAAGCAUGUAUCAUGGGAAUCCGUGCAGCCAUAGAGCAUAAAAUCAAUGUGUUAGAGGUGUAUGCGGAUUCUACACUGGUGAUCUAUCAGCACAAAGAUGAAAACCAGAUGGCUGACGCCUUGGCUACAUUAGCUUCUAUGAUCAGAGUAAAUAAACGAGAGGAUAUGAAGCCGAUCCAAAUGAGUAUUUGUGAGGCUCCAGCUCAUUGCUGCAAUAUCGGCGAAGAAGAGGAAAGAGAUGGUUGUCCUUGGUAUCAUGAUAUUCUACGAUAUGUGAAGAACCGUAAAUACUCUAAUCAGGCAACUAAAAAUGAAAAGAGAAUAUUGAAGAGGCUAGCCAGUAACUAUGUCUUAAACGGAGAGAUCCUGUAUAAAAAGAGACGGAGAGAUCCUGUAUAA